CAGAAGCAGACCACAUUAAACUUUUCUUGGUUAUGAGAUCUGUCAAAGUAUUGUCAAUUUUCUAAAUCAUUAUUGACGGUUUAUGUCAAUCGCUAGUCGGUUGUCAAACAAAUAAUGGAAUUUGUCGAUUUUAUUUCGAUACCACGAGUUGACAAUGUGGUACUAACAGAAAAAACAAAAGAAAAGGCAAAAAAUUGUAAAAUAGAAGGAACAUUGUGCAUUAGUGGGCAUCACCUUAUUCUUUCAGAUAGACAAAAAAACAACCAACAAGAAUUAUGGCUACUUUAUCGCAAUAUUGAUAUUAUGGAAAGAAAAAUAAACAAUCAAAGUUCUGGAGGAAGUAUAAUAUUAAAAUGUAAGGAUUUUCAUAUUUAUCAGUUAGACUUUGGUUCUAUAAAUGACUUACUUAAAGUGGCACAAACCAUAGAGAAAUUAUCAUGUUUAGAUCAAACAUUUCAGUAUCCUUUUUUCUAUAGACCACAGUCAUUAAACAAUUCCAAAAUACAAAUUGAAGAUGGAUGGACUGUAUUUCAUCCACUUUCUGAAUGGUCUCGUUUAUUAGCAACACAUGGAGAUGAAUGGCGAAUUAGUCAUAUAAAUAGAGACUAUAAAGUAUGUAGUUCUUAUUCUUCAGAAGUGAUAGUACCUACACACAUAGAAGAUGAAAUAAUAGUUUCUUCAGCUAAUUUUAGAUAUAAUGGAAGAUUUCCUGUUUUAUGUUAUAGACAUGAUGGAGGAGGUAUAUUAAUUAGAAGUAGUCAGCCAAUGUGUGGUCCUACUGAAAAACGAUGUAAGGGUGAUGAAAUGCUUUUGAAUUCUUACUUAAGACCAGGAAUACGAGGACUUAUAGUUGAUACUCGAAGUCGUACACAAGUACAAAAUGCUAGGACCAAAGGAGGUGGUACAGAAGUAGAUACUGCAUAUCCUCAAUGGCUCAAAACAAAUAAAGCAAUUUUACGUGCUACUGAUUUAUCAGAAAGUUUAUCGAAAUUGAUAGAAGCCUGUAACGAUUUAAGUUGUUCUACCUCCCAAUGGCUGUCUAGAAUAGAUAAUAGUAAGUGGUUAUUAGCUGUUCAAGAUGCUAUGAAUGCAGCUUGCCUCACUGCUCAGUGUAUCGAACGAGAUAAAACUGCAGUUUUGGUACAUGGUGGUAGUGGGCGUGAUACAACUCUUGUAGUUACUAGUCUAGUGCAAAUAAUAUUAAAUCCAGAUUGCCGCACUAUCAGAGGCUUGCAAGCAUUAAUUGAACGGGAAUGGUUACAAGCUGGUCAUCCAUUUUACACUAGAACCCGUCAUGGAGCCUAUUACACUUAUGACCAAAACUCACAAGAUGCUCCAACCUUUCUCUUAUUUUUAGAUUGUCUCUAUCAAUUACAUUUUCAAUUUCAAUUAAGUUUUGAAUACACAAUUGAAUUACUAAUAGAAAUUUUUAAGCAUAGUUAUUCUUCCAAUUAUGGAACAUUUUUAGGAGACUCGGAGUCCGACAGAAAUCGUCUAAAAUUGUCAGAACGCACGUGUAGUUUGUGGUCGCAUGUAAAUCAGUUGGGAAUCCUCGAGAAAUACAUGAACCCCCUGUACGAGCCAAAUCCCUGUGUAAUUUGGCCGAGCGUGGCUCCGGUUAGCAUCGAACUCUGGCGUGAACUCUAUCUCGGGUACAACGACGCCGCUCCCUGGGAUGGGAUGCUGUUAUGCGCUCAAGAAAUCAAGAACAAGCACCAAACAAUCAAGCGAGUGACUGCCGAGCUCCACCAACAGAUACGGCAAGUACUCGAGGAGACGGAUCUGCUCUCGGAUGAGUCACCCUCCUCAGCCACUACAAGCUAUGCCUACAAUAGUUCCGGGCUCGAUGAAGCCGCGAUACAUUGCAGGUUCUCGGAGCUGAGUCUCGAACAGUCCCAGAAUACUUGAUAUUACAUUGCCCGUCCGGAAAUCAAUGAGUGGCCCGCGUAUUCCUUUAGUCAGUAAACGACCAGGAAUUCUCAGUAAUUGGAACUUUUUAAUUUUUGUACGAGGUUGCUCCGUGAUUUAUUUUAAAACUUGCAUACCUUGGACACUCACGAAUAGCAAUAAUCUUGUCGCUAUUUUUAGUCUAUCUAUUCCAGACUGGGCUUACAUUUUAUAUUAUAUUAUAAUAAUUUUAUAUUAU